UUUAUGUAGAAAAAAUGACAGUUGUCAGGAUUAUAAUUUCGUUAUAUGUAUACUGACAGGAGCAAAUAAAUAUUAUUGCAUAUUUUGUUUAGACGAUAUUAAAAAUAAAAAAGAAAUAAUAAAAAUGGGGAUAUUUGGAGCAUCAAAUGAUGUUACAGUUACUGAAGAAGUAGAAACGGCAACAAAUGAGAAAAGUGUUGAAGAGGAUUGGGGCGUUAUUAUGAACAUUUGUGAUAAGGCUGGCAAAUCAUCAGAGGCUGCAAGAAACUAUCUAAAAGCUAUAAUUAGACGAUUGUACAACAAUGAUCCUCAUGUUGGGAUAAAAGCUGUAACGCUUUUAGAUGCUUGUGUAAAAAAUUCAGGGAAAACCUUUCAUGUAGAGGUUGCUUCAAGAGAUUUUGAAAAUGAUUUCACUAAAUUAAUGACCAAAGCUCCUCCAAGUGUAGCCAAGAAAUUAAGAGAGUCUUUAAAAAGGUGGGCUGAAACUGAAUUUAAGAUUGAUGGUCAAUUGAACCUUAUACCUUCUUUGUAUUCAAAGUUAAAAAACUCUGGAUAUGAUUUUUCCUUAAGUGAAACACCAGUAAAAAAAGCAACACCUCUGAUUAAAGACCCUAAUGUAGUUGAAUCACAAGAAGAAGAGGAACAAAUUUUAAAGGCUAUUGAGCUUUCACUAAAAGAAACAGGAUCUCCUAGAUCGUCAUCAGGACAAACAUCUAUUUAUCCUUCUGUAAAUACUAGUGGAAUGGCAUCUUCUUCAAGUUCCACACCAGGUAAAGAACUGAGAAAAGUAAGAGCUCUCUACGAUUUUGAAGCAGCUGAAGAUAAUGAAUUAACUUUUAGCAGUGGAGAAAUUGUAUUUGUGAUAGAUGAUUCAGAUCCAAAUUGGUGGAAGGGUAGUAAUCAAAGAGGAGAAGGUUUGUUUCCAGCAAACUUUGUGACUGCCGAUUUAUCAGUAGAACCAGAAAAAUUCUUAUACGAGAAGGCUAAGAAAAUGGUACAGUUUAAAGAGACGGCAGAAGUUAAAUUCUUGAAAGAGGAACUUGUAAAUAUAGAGAUAAACGAAGAAAAAAUUGACAGAUUAUUACAUUUACUACAUGAAGCUGAUCCUACAAACCUUGAAGCAGAUACUGACGAAAUGUUAAAUUUAGAAAGAGAAGUUAAUGCUAUGGGCCCUUUAAUAGACACUGAAUUAGAAAGAGUCGAUAGGAAACAUGCCCAAUUAACUCAAUUAAGUUCUGAUCUAGUUGAAGCUUUAAGUUUAUACCAUAUGCUAAUGAGGGAACCACAAUUGCCUCCAGUGAACAAAGCAAUGUAUGGGUAUUCAUUAUCAACUACUGCUAUGGCUUUGAAUAACACUGUUUCUCAAAAUGUUCAUCCUUCCUUAUUGGGUCCGAGGCUACAUCCAGCUCAUGAAAGAGCUCCAUUUAUACAUUCGGGGAGUGGACAAGUGCAACCACCACAGUUUCCAUCAAUACAAAUGACAAAUUCGAGUCAUUUACCUUCUAUUCAAGGAAUGCCAUCUCCUCAUACCCAUGAGACACCCCUGAAUCAAUAUUUAGAUCCUAGGAUAGCUCAAAAUUAUGGUAUAACUAAUAUGGCACCAUCAACAUUCCCUCAGCCUAUAACCGUCUCGCAAACAAAUUUGCAGAAUGGCACUCAACAAGAAGGAAGCCCUUUUGUAUCAUCUAACACCCACAUAACACAAUGAAUGUUGAUAUUUUCUUAUUUGUAAUGUAUUUAUGGAAUAUUAUAUGAGUUCACUAUUACUAUAAAUAAACAUGUAUAAACAAUAUUAUUGAUACCACUGUUAAAUAUAUAAUAUGUAGAUAAUAUAAAUUAUG